GUUUAAAUACAGCUUUCUUUUUGUGGUUUCGGAAAGGAGGAACUUUGGAAUCUCUUGUAAGAAAAAUAUGAGCACGAAAAAAGAGAGCAGACUACGCAAGUACAUGAAGGUUCCCAUAAAGAUGGUGGUGAAAGCUAGAGACUUGUACAUACAAAGCAUGAACCAAUUAUCUUCCCAUGACCUUGGCGGCGCCAUGUCUUUGGGAAUACCAGUCUGCUCCGUAAGCUCUCUAUCACGAAGUCUCAGCGCAAGCCACUCCCAAAAUUCCGCGAGGUCCAUAGAGGAUCGUGUAGCUGAACGUAGAUCCGCAUCAGCUAGGAGUACGACCGCUGAUACGCGCCAUGGACCGUCCACGAAAUUGAAAUUGAGGAAGGCUAAGAGUGUGAGAAGUUGUGAUGAUUAUCAUAGGUUUGAGAGAAUUGAUGAGACAAGUCCUUUGAUUAAUUUCGGGCGUAAUCACAAGAUGACUCAAAGGAGUAAGAGUUACAGUGUUGCCAAGUAUACUUAUGCUCUCCAGUAACUAUUGUAUGUAAUAUUCCGUAUCUUGUUUGAUCCAAUGAUUGAGUGGUUUACGUAAUUAAGA